AUGUAUAUCGCGCAACAGAGAUCUCACUUCCCCUCGUUCACCCCGUUCCGAUCCUCAAUGAAACGCUCUCUCCCCAACAACUUCGAUCUCAUCGCUCGUUCCUUCGACGACAACCUCCUCCGCCGUCUGAAACCCUUGACCCCAAACUCCCCCGAUACGCCGUCGUUCAACUUCAGCCUCUCCUGGCUCUCUCAGGCCGUCGAUUUCCUUUCCGCCACUCACGCCGAAGCGCACGCCCUCAUCGCCAACCUCAGACCUUCUCCCCACGACUCAAAAACGUCGCCGUCUUACUUGGACGGGAGCCUCAAGAUCCUCAACGCUUGCAAUUCCAUUUCUCACGAGAUCGAACGGUUACGCCACCGCCACCUCGUCAUCAACUUCGUUCUUCAACUUUUAGAGUUUUCCGUCGACGGCUACCGGUUACCGGCGUCGGAGAGACUCCGGAGGGCCAGGGACUUGCUCUCUGAUCGGGAGAACAAGCCGUCGAGGAAACGGAGGACUCUAAUUGAUUCGAAGGUACCGGAGUCUUCGAUCGAAGAUCUGGUUCCGUCACGUGGCAAGAUCUCGAGCGCGGGGGAGGUUGUUCGCCGCACGAUCUGCGCCGUCGGUGUCGUGACGGCGUUCUUCGCAGGAGUCGCCGCGGCGGCCCUGAGCGGGGAGGAUGCGGCGGCGAUCGGGGUUCCGGCGGAGUUUGUGUGGGCCGAGUCAUUGAGAGAGAUCGGAUCGGCGGUCGGAGUUCCGGCUGAGGUCAGGGACGUGGAGGAGCGCGUGAGGGUGCUGCGUGACGUCAUCAACAAAGGGAUCAAAGUCAAAGAAGACCAGGAUGGGGGAGAAAAUGUCGUCAAGGAGUUGGUGAACGCCGUGAAGGAGGUGGAAGCUGCGAUGGGGAGGUUCUCUGACGGUUUGGACCGUUUGGCUGACGGUGUCAACGGCACGUUUCGUAGGGUUUUGUGUAGUAGGAAUGGUAUGUUAGAGAGGAGUAUAGAAAAGGCGAUGAAAGUUGUGAUAAGAAAGAAACUCAAAUGUAAGCAGCCAAUGUGA